CCUGCUCCCCACAUGCAGCUUGGUUCCUCUCCGUGAUUUCUUCGCCAUGAGCUGCCUGGAUGUGAUGUACCAAGUGUUUGGUCCUCAGCCUUACUUCAGCUCCUACAGCCCCUAUCACCACCAGAAACUGGCCUUGUAUUCCAAAAUGCAAGACCCCCAGGACGGCGGCAGCCGGCUCGGCCCCCCGGGCCACCCGGCCAUCAAAGAGGAGGACAAGGAGCUGCCGCCGGGAGCCGAGUACCUGAGCUCCCGCUGCGUCCUCUUCACGUACUUCCAGGGAGACAUCAGCGCCGUGGUGGACGAGCACUUCAGCCGAGCCCUGAGCCACACAACGGCGUACCCCACCUCAAGCAGCCACAAGGCCCUAAGAGAUGGAUCAUUCCCUAUGAGCCAGAGAAGCUUCCCUCCAUCCUUCUGGAACAGCUCCUACCAGCCGUCGGUGUCCUCCACGCUGGGCAGCGCUCUGUCAGCUCCACACUCAGAGCUCCCCUUCCCUGGGGACCCCUACUCCUCCGCCUCGCUGCACAGCCACCUCCACCAGUCCAGCCCUGACGCCUGGCACCCAUCCCAUCACCACCACCAUCACCACCACCACCCCUACUCACUAGGGGGCGCUAUAGGCACACAAGGCUCAGCGUACUCACGUCCAGGGGUUCACGAGAUGUACGGCACGGCGUUCGACCCGCGCUACGGUUCUCUGCUGGUGCCGUCGGUGAGGCCUCAUCACCGCCUGACGUCGGGCAGCUCGGUACCGGGGCCCAGCUCCUCACCCUGUGACCUGGGAGGGAAGGGGGAGUCGGGGUCGGGUUCGGCCUGGAGCGGCGCCUUCACCGGAGCCGGAGCAGAGAUCGGACUCAACAUGGACACAGCUCGGUGCUACGGCGGACUGUGCGGCAGCAGCACAGCCCUGCUGAGCUGA